AUCAAAACAAAAAUAAAAUUGUUUUGUUAAUCUCUAUUUUAAACAAGUACUAUUAUAUUAUUAGUGGUAAAAGGAAAACUGAAAUGUACUUAUAAAUCUUUAAUUUAUUAAGUUUUUCUUUAAGAAAGUCUUGUCAUGGAAAGACGAAAAGCAAGUCCUGAGCAGUUAAAUAUGCUCUUACAUUUUCUAGAGGAAGAUAAGGAAUUAGCUGUUGGUAAAUUCACAGGCUUAGAAGGCCGAAUAAGGCAGACCAACGCAUGGAUUAAGAUAACUGAGAAGUUAAACGCAAAUUCGGGUUUUGGCUCUGGCGCCAUAAAAACUCCUGAUAAGUGGCAGCAGACUUGGCGGGAUUGGAAAUCUAAUGUGAAGAAAAAAGCUUUUAAGAUUCGAAGAAAUCGUUUUACACCUGGCUGUAAUACUAAUACCCAGCUUACAGAGGCGGAGGAAAAGAUUUUAAGAUUAAUUUGCACAAAUACUGCAGUAUUUGGUAUACCAGGGGUCCCUGAAACUAGUGUUACAAGCAACAUAAUGACUCCUACCCAAUCCAGUGGCAUCAGUGAUGAUUUGUGCAACAUGGAACCUACUACAAGUAACAUAAAAUGGCCAACAAAUAAUAAUUUUUCACAAGAAGAAAUAGAUAUGAGAUUACAAGAUGGGUUGAACAAUGUUAUAGAUGUAGGCCUUGGUUCCAAUGAAGUAACAUCUGCACCUGUGCCACAAAAACCUCUGUGGAAACGGGGAAGAUCAACUAGACAUGCCCAUGACCGAUGGAUAAAUUUAGAAGAGGAAAGAAUAAAAGUAGAGAAGCAAAAUUUGCUUGAAAAGAAGCGAUGUAACAAUAUAAGAUUAAAAAUAGAAAAAGACAGACUGGAAAUUGAAAGGCAAAGGAAUGUUUUAUUAGAGAAAUUAAUCAUAGCCGUAGAAGCUGCCGUGCAUCGAUAAGCAAACAUGAUUGAAGUCAAUAAUUUUUUUAAUUAAAAUCUAUAAUAUUAACAUAUAAUUUUUGUCCUAUAAAUGUAUAAAUGUGAUAUUAAUAAAUAAGCAUAAUGUCUACGAUCAAUUAUGA